CGCAUCCGCCAUUUGCGCUGGCGACACAUCCCCUGUCAAUGACACAACCCGACGCCCUCUCGGUCGGCCGCCUGAUCGACUUUACCGAGCAGGUCGCCGGCCAUCCCGACACGAUCAAAGCUGCCCCGCAGUUCCCCGACCGGCUGUUCAAGUGGGCGUCCCCGACCGAGAGCCAGUUUUAUCGGGCGCUGGAUCGCCAGCGGCAGCAGAGCCAGGGUUUCGACCAUGCCCAAACCGCUGCACCCCGGCCGCUGUAUUCAUUCGCACCAGCAUUCUAUCCCGACUUUGACUUUCAGCCGAAUCCUUUGCACACCAACUCUCCCGCAAGCAACGGCAAAAGCAAUGGUGAUGGCGACGGGAACGACGAUGGCUCGCCUUCCUGGAUCUGCAUCCAGAACCUGAUCCAUCGAUAUCAGCACUACUCGGCGAUCGAUCUGAAACUCGGCACGCGGCUUUACGACGACGAUGCCACUCCCGAGAAGCGAGCGCGCAUGAUCCAGCAUGCCCAGCAGACGACAUCCGGGGCAAUUGGUCUGCGGAUAUGCGGAUACAAGAGAUUCGAUCUGGCCACCCAGUCGCAUGUCGUGUACAGUCGCGAAGCAGGUCGUCGUCUCAAGCCCGACACUUUCUAUGGCGACUUUGAAUCCUUCUUCCGGAGCAACGACGGCGGCUUCGUCUCCCUCGACACCCUGAGAGGCAUCCGACACCGUCUGUGCGAGUUGCAACAGACCCUUCGCCAAACCCACGUCCAGCUCUAUGGCGCCUCGGUUUUGAUCCUGUACGAUAGCGGAUGCUGCUUCGAUGUCGACCCAGGACAGACCUCGAAUCUCGGCGAACCAAAUGCCCCCAACCAAGCGGCAUCUGCGGAUGAGCCUCGACCAACACAAUCCCGGGCUCCGUGCCCAGACCAGUCCGCUUCGCCCCGCUAUGACGUUCGCCUGAUCGACUUUGCUCAUGCGCGCUUGAAGGACGGCAUUGGACUGGACGAAGGGGCGCUGCUUGGAGUCGAUCAUCUCAUCCGGUUUAUGGAUCGAUUGAUUCUGGCGGCAACGAGCCAACCCAUGCCCUGAUAGGUUACAUACAGCAUGUUCAGAAUGGAUCGAGACAGUUCCCCAUUUAGGGUUCAUUCACCGGGACUAUGGUUGGUUUGGGAAGCAAGUUCUCGGGCGACAAUGUGCAUUCGACCAUCUGGACAGCCUCCACGAGGCCCACUACGGGCCCACCACGAAGCACACCACGAUGCCAGCAUCCUUGGACACACGGUUUGAUCAUAGCAGGCGAUGGGUGGAUGUGUAUUCGGAACCCAGAGGAAGCAUCAACUCUGCCCUCGACUCUACAAAUCAACAAUCAAGUAGACGACCUCAUUCCUGGCCGGCCGUUGCGGAAGCAGACCACUGCCUCUCCAUAUGAGUGCAUGAUGAACAUCCAGAUAGACCCAACGGACAAGCAAAGUCCAGGAGCAGCGGCGAUCGACGAGUACCCUCAUUUGCGAGUGUCGCUCACCGCGCGAUCACCGACAAUUGCGCAGAGCCAGUCC